UCUCCCUUGGCCUGUGUUGACUCGAUUUUUCUGUGCCCCAACGAUUCUUCGAAUUUCCGGCGAAGCUUCUCGCGAUCGACUCAUAGGUGAUUAGGUCCCCGACAUGGGUAAGGAAAAGAUACACAUAAACAUCGUGGUGAUCGGCCACGUAGACUCGGGCAAGUCGACCACGACCGGCCACCUGAUCUACAAAUGCGGCGGCAUCGACAAGCGUACCAUCGAGAAGUUCGAGAAGGAAGCGCAAGAGAUGGGAAAGGGUUCCUUCAAAUACGCGUGGGUAUUGGACAAGCUAAAGGCUGAGCGUGAACGCGGUAUCACGAUCGACAUCGCAUUGUGGAAGUUCGAGACGGCCAAGUAUUACGUGACUAUCAUCGACGCACCCGGUCAUCGCGACUUCAUCAAGAACAUGAUCACCGGAACGAGCCAGGCGGAUUGCGCCGUGCUUAUCGUCGCGGCCGGUAUCGGCGAAUUCGAGGCCGGGAUCUCGAAGAACGGGCAAACCCGCGAGCACGCUCUGCUCGCGUUCACUCUGGGUGUGAAACAGCUGAUAGUCGGCGUAAACAAGAUGGAUAUGACCGAUCCACCAUAUUCAGAAAGUCGUUUCGAAGAGAUUAAAAAGGAAGUGUCCUCCUAUAUUAAGAAGAUCGGCUAUAACACCGGGUCAGUCGCGUUCGUGCCGAUCUCUGGCUGGCACGGUGACAAUAUGCUCGAACCAUCGCCAAAGACGCCCUGGUACAAGGGAUGGAAAGUGGAGCGUAAAGAUGCUAAUGCUGAUGGAAAGACACUGAUAGAGGCCCUGGAUGCUAUAUUACCGCCGUCUAGACCGACCGACAAGGCGCUUCGCUUGCCACUUCAGGAUGUCUACAAGAUCGGUGGUAUUGGUACCGUACCGGUUGGCCGUGUGGAGACUGGUAUUCUGAAGCCAGGUAUGUUGGUUACUUUCGCUCCUGCAGCUCUCACCACUGAAGUAAAGUCUGUCGAGAUGCACCACGAGGCCCUGACAGAGGCAUUGCCCGGCGACAACGUCGGCUUUAACGUGAAGAACAUCUCUGUGAAGGAGCUGAGACGCGGCUACGUCGCAGGGGACUCAAAGAACCAGCCACCACGAGGGGCGUCCGAUUUCACCGCUCAGGUGAUCGUUCUGAACCAUCCGGGACGGAUCAGUAACGGCUACACGCCUGUGCUUGACUGCCAUACAGCUCAUAUUGCCUGUAAAUUUGCGGAGAUCAAGGAGAAGUGUGACCGUCGUACCGGCAAGACCACCGAGGAGAAUCCAAAGAGCAUCAAAAGCGGCGACGCCGCGAUUGUGAUGUUACAGCCGACAAAACCGAUGUGCGUUGAAGCGUUCCAGGAGUUUCCGCCACUGGGUCGUUUCGCCGUGCGCGAUAUGCGCCAGACUGUCGCUGUGGGCGUCAUCAAGAGCGUCACGUUCAAGGAUACCCAAGGAAAGGUCACAAAGGCCGCGGAGAAAGCCCAGAAGAAAAAGUAACCAUCAAGCUUUCUCGGAAGCUCGCAGUCCGUUGGCUGGCGCCCGACGAGCGUUUCCGUGAAGGGAUCCUCAUCCAGGAUGCAGUACGCCGCGGCUGCUCCAUUCAACUCAUACUCAACUGAUAAUACCAAAAGUGAAAAGAUGUUGUGCUUACCCCCGUUACAUUAUCCGGUAGUAUUGAAUCCGCGCAUCUAUCCGAAUCUGCACAUUCAGUUCACCCAUGCCCCGCGCACUCCCCACAUAUGCUAAGGUGGACUAUUACGUUUUUACUCAUUUUUACAUUGACGAGAUAUGUGUCCAGUUACAGGUAAUACUCAGUUCCCUUGGACUCUGUGUAGUUAGGUUUUUCAAUUAUAUACAUUAUACACACAACACACGCACGUACACACCGAAGACGAAGACGGGAUGUCGUGCGACGACAAAAUAUCGAGGCAGCGGUCGACACAUCCUCUCUCGAUUCCACGCGGGAUCAAAUCCUACCGUUGAACUAUAAAUGGCGUCGAACUCACACUUCGGGACGCGUGAAACCGUAACGAUCGAUCUCUUUUGCCCGACGACCGUGUUCAUUAACCGCGAUGAAAAAACGGACACUCGUCGUUGUCUCGCAUCCCCGAUCUUUUUAAUCGAUUUAUUUCGACAAAUUCGUUAAGGCUGAUUUCUUCAGAGACUUGGUUGGCUGGCCGCAAAUACUUUUAUUACUUAUAUAAGAUUGUAUUUAUUUCUAGUUAGGGAUCAUUAGACCGUGUCCCUCCAAUCCCUUUCGCGACUCGUACGAAGCUCCCUCGCGACAAAGGGAGAACUACGAAACACGUCCUUUGGCUCGUGACCGUCGAAGGUUCCAUUUACGAGCUGUCUGUGUUAAUCUCAAUAUCCCUGAUAGACGCGUUCUACCAUUGUUUUGACCCUUAGCCAGUAUUAUGUUGAUGUAAUAAAACAAAAAUUUUAAUUG